AUGCCCCGGACAGUAUUCCCAACCAGGCAUAUCCACACUCUUAAAACACACAAUGGCCCCGUCAACGCGGUAACCUUCUCAAGCUCCGGUGGCACCUACGUCCUCACAGGCUCCUCAGACCGAGCAGUACACCUUUCGCGCGCCAUUCCAAACAAUUCCGAUAGCGCGACAGCAGUCGAAACCACAUCCCCUAUCCAAAAAUACGAAGCGCAUGGCUACUCCGUCCUAGACAUCGCCGUCGCAUCCGACAACGCACGCUUUGCAAGCGUAGGCGGCGAUCGACAAGUCUUCCUCUGGGAUGUGGAACAAGGCAUUACAACCAAACGCUGGUCGGGCCACAACAGCCGAGUCGAAGCCGUGCAAUUUGCCGGUGAUGGCGACUCGGUCGUAGUAACCGGCAGCGCAGACACAACAAUCAACCUCUGGGACACCCGAUCCACAAGUUACAAACCCAUCCAAACCCUCACUGAAGCAACCGACACAGUCUCAACACUACACGUGCAUAUGGGGAGUUACUCGAUAGCAAGCGGAAGCUACGACGGCCACGCACGAAUCUACGAUAUUCGAACGGGAAAUACGACUGUCGAUGUCCUCGCGCACCCUGUGACGAGCGUGCGCUGCUCAAGCGACGGCAACGCCCUGCUCGUUUCGACGUUGGACGGACAUAUCCGCAUGCUGGACCGGAUGGAUGGGAAGCUUCUUAAUGCCUUUGGGGGGGAGAAGAGCGUGCGGGGGAUUGGGAAGCCGCGACAUUCGUAUCGGAAUUCGGAGCUGCGUGUUCGCUCUGUUUUUGCGAUGGGGGAUGCGGUUGUGCUCAGUGGGAGUGAGGAGGGAGGGGAAGCCGGGACUGCUGGGGCGGCGGCGUUUGCUUGGGAUGUUGUUAAAGGGGAGGUCAUUGCUGCUGUGCCUGUUGGGGAAAAUGUUAAGGCUGUUAGUUGUGUAGCGUGGAAUGGGGAUGUUGGGGAUUGGGCUGCUGGGUGUUCUGAUGGUACUGUCCGAGUCUAUGGAUGA